UGUUCCCCUGCCAAUCACACCUCACUUCCGGCCUGUGCGUUCCAUCCAACUUCCGGCCCCUGCGUUCCACAUACAGGAAGAGAGGUUUUUUCUUUCGCGGCUACUUCCGGGCAUCCCUCGAGCGAGAAUCAGCCGUCCGCAAAAGCAGGAGGGGGAGUAUAUAGAGGAACACAGGGGUCUGUACAAGGACGUGAUGAUGGAGAAUCACCAGCCCCUCACAUCACUGGAUGGACCCAGUAACAGGAAUACCCCAGAGAGAUGUCCUCGUUCUCUGUAUUUCCAGGAUUUUACAAAGGAGAAUCACAGGAUCCCACAGGAGGAUCAGGAUGAGCACCUUUCUGAUAUGAAGGCCGAAGAUGUAGAGGGAGAAGAAGAGACGUAUGUGACUGAUAUGAAGGCAGAAGAUAUAGAGGGAGAAGAAGAGACAUAUGUGACUGAUAUGAAGGCAGAAGAUAUAGAGGGAGAAGAAGAGACGUAUGUGACUGAUAUGAAGGCAGAAGAUACAGAGAAGGAAGAAGAGACGUAUGUGACUGAUAUGAAGGCAGAAGAUAUAGAGGGAGAGGAAGAGACGUAUUUGACUGAUAUGAAGGCAGAAGAUAUAGAGGGAGAACAAGAGACGUAUGUGACUGAUAUGAAGGCAGACGAUAUAGAGGGAGAAGAAGAGACGUAUGUGACUGAUAUGAAGGCAGAAGAUAUAGAGGGAGAAGAAGAGACGUAUGUGACUGAUAUGAAGGCAGAAGAACAGACGUAUGUGACUGAUAUGAAGGCAGAAGAUAUAGAGGGAGAAGAGGAGACGUAUGUGACUGAUAUGAAGGCAGAAGAUAUAGAGGGAGAAGAAGAGACGUAUGUGACUGAUAUGAAGGCAGACGAUAUAGAGGGAGAAGAAGAGACGUAUGUGACUGAUAUGAAGGUAGAAGAUAUAGAGGGAGAAGAAGAGACGUAUGUGACUGAUAUGAAGGUAGAAGAUAUAGAGGGAGAAGAGGAGACGUAUGUGACUGAUAUGAAGGCAGAAGAUAUAGAGGGAGAAGAAGAGACGUAUGUGAUUGAUAUGAAGGCCGAAGAUAUAGAGGGAGAAGAAGAGACGUAUGUGACUGAUAUGAAGGCCGAAGAUAUAGACGGAGAAGAAGAGACGUAUGUGACUGAUAUAAAGGCAGAAGAUAUAGAGGGAGAAGAGACGUAUGUGAUUGAUAUGAAGGUAGAAGAUAUAGAGGGAGAAGAGACGUAUGUGACUGAUAUGAAGGCAGAAGCUAUAGAGGGAGAAGAAGAGACGUAUGUGACUGUUAUGAAGGCAGAAGAUGCAGAUGGAGAAGAAGAGACAUAUGUGACUGAUAUGAAGACAGAAGCUAUAGAGGGAGAAGAAGAGACGUAUGUGACUGAUAUGAAGGCAGAAGAUAUAGAGGGAGAAGAAGAGACGUAUGUGAGGAGAGAUCAGAAGUGUAAGGAAGAGGAAAUCCCUACAGAUAUCAGCACAGCAGAUGGAGGCACAAGCAGGAAUUCCUUGGAGGGAGAUCUCAUCUUGUCUGCAGAUAGUAAAAUAGAAGAUAACAUCACACAAGAUUCUCCAGGAGACAUCCCCAUUACUCUAACUAUACAUCCAGUACCUCACAGUACUGAUACUUCAUCUGAUCCCUCUAAUCGCGAUGACUGUUCAUCUAAUACCUCAGAUUUUGUUACACAUCGUGCAGCUCAUACAUGUGAUAAAAUAUUUCCAUGCUCUGAGUGUGGGAAAAGUUUUGCACGCAAAUCACAACUUGUUAUACAUCAGAGAAGUCAUACAGGUGAGAGACCAUUUCCAUGUUCUGAGUGUGGGAAAUGUUUUACAUUCAAAUCACAUCUUGUUGCACAUCAGAGAAGUCACACAGGUGAGAGACCAUUUCCAUGCACUGAGUGUGGGAAAAGUUUUUCAGGCAAAUCACAGCUUGUUAGACAUCAGAGUAGUCACACGGGUGAGAAACCAUUUCCAUGCUCUGAGUGUUGGAAAAGUUUUGCACUCAAAUCACAUCUUGUUAGACAUCAAAGAAGCCACACAGGUGAGAAACCAUUUCCAUGCUCUGAGUGUGAGAAAUGUUUUCCACUCAAAUCACAUCUUGUUAGACAUCAAAGAAGCCACACAGGUGAGAAGUCAUUUCCAUGCUCUGAGUGUGGGAAAUGUUUUCUGUGUAAAUCAGAACUUGUUAGACAUCAGAUUAGUCACACAGGUGAGAAACCAUUUCCAUGCUCUGAGUGUGGGAAAUGUUUUCUGUGUAAAUCAGAACUUGUUAGACAUCAGAGAAGUCACACAGGUGAGAAGCCAUUUCCAUGCUCUGAGUGUGAGAAAUGUUUUCCACUCAUAUCACAGCUUGCUAGACAUCAGAGAAUUCACACAGGUGAGAAUACAUUCCCAUGCUCUGAGUGUGGGAAAUGUUUUCUGUGUAAAUCAGAACUUGUUAGACAUCAGAGAAGUCACACAGGUGAGAAACCAUUUCCAUGCUCUGAGUGUGGGAAAAGGUUUGCACUCAAGUCACAGCUUGUUACACAUCAGAAAAGUCACACAGGUGAGAAACCAUUUCCAUGCUCUGAGUGUGGCAAAAGUUUUGCUCUCAAAUCACGUCUUGUUAGACAUCAGAAAAGUCACACAGGUGAGAAACCAUUUCCAUGCUCUGAGUGUUGGAAAAGUUUUUCACUCAAGUCACAUCUUGUUAGACAUCAAAGAAGCCACACAGGUGAGAAACCAUUUCCAUGCUCUGAGUGUGAGAAAUGUUUUCCACUCAAAUCACAUCUUGUUAGACAUCAAAGAAGCCACACAGGUGAGAAACCAUUUCCAUGCUCUGAGUGUGGGAAAUGUUUUUUGUGUAAAUCAGAACUUGUUAGACAUCAGAUUAGUCACACAGGUGAGAAACCAUUUCCAUGCUCUGAGUGUGGGAAAUGUUUUCUGUGUAAAUCAGAACUUGUUAGACAUCAGAGAAGUCACACAGGUGAGAAGCCAUUUCCAUGCUCUGAGUGUGAGAAAUGUUUUCCACUCAAAUCACAGCUUGCUAGACAUCAGAGAAUUCACAUAGGUGAGAAUACAUUUCCAUGCUCUGAGUGUGGAAAAUGUUUUCUGUGGAAAUCAGAACUUGUUAGACAUCAGAGAAGUCACAGAAGUGAGAAGCCAUUUCCAUGCUCUGAGUGUGAGAAAUGUUUUCCACUCAAAUCACAGCUUGCUAGACAUCAGAGAAGUCACACAGGUGAGAAACCAUUUCCAUGCUCUGAGUGUGGCAAAAGUUUUGCACUCAAAUCACGUCUUGUUAGACAUCAGAAAAGUCACACAGGUGAGAAACCAUUUCCAUGCUCUUGAGUGUGGGAAAAGUUUUGCAGGCAAAUCGUAUCUAGUUAAACAUCAGAAAUCACACAGGAGUAAAGCAUUACUAUGAUCUGAUACACAACAGGGUUGUAGCAACACUCUUUAUUGCAUUGGACAGGUCCGGACUGCCCAUCAGUCACCUGUGGCAUAUUCCAGAAGUGCCAAUGGACUGGUGGUUUCAUCCAGUUCCACAGAGAGAUGGGAAGGCCGUGUGCAGCGCAGCCUCUGGCUCUCUGGUUUAGCCACCCCUACUUCCCAAAAUGUCUAUCUCCAUGGAAAUGGGGGCGUGCAGUAAGUCCAUGCCCCCCUGACUCAGAGCACAUCCUCGUGUGUCAUGUCCUUGCGCCCCCUCCCCCCCAGUGAUGUGCGCUCACAAGUUUACAAAUGCCCAAUCCAAACAGGAGCCCCAGUUCGUCCCUGGCAGUAGAUAUCGGCACCACUCUCCACAUCAAUAACAGACCAUAGUGUUAUAUAAGCAUCUAUGGGCCUAAUUCAAGGUCGAUCGCAAAAGGAAAAUCUUCCUCUAAUGGGAAAAUCCAUGUGCAAAGCAGGUGGUGCAGAUGUAACAUGUGCAGAGAGAGUUAGAUUUGGGUGAGGUGUGUUCAAACGGAAAUCUAAAUUGCAGUGUAAAAAUAAAGCAGCCAGUAUUUACCCUGCACAGAAACAAUAUAACCCACCCAAAUCUAACUGUCUGCACAUGUUACAUCUGCCCCACCUACAGUGCACAUGGUUUUGCCAAUUAGAGAAAGAUUUUGAAAACGCCCAUUGCAGAAAUUGCUAAUGCAUCGCAAUAUGCGGGUUGAUCGCAAAACCAUACACAGUUAUCGGAGCAUCGUCGAUUUUUUCCUAUCUGCGCCAGGCAAGGUCAUCCACAAUUCGUGUGACACAAACGCUGGAAGUGGUCAUCGCUGAUGUCAGAGGCCCUCCUUAAAAACGCCUGGGUACGCUUGCAUUUUGUCAGACACAGCCAGAAAAAAGCAGGUUUCCGCCCAGAAACGCCAACUUCCUGUCAGUCAAACAGCGGCUGCAUUGCGCUCAUGAUUUGUACAUAAUAUAUGUUGCUAUUUUUGCUAACGCUUGUGCAAUGCGAACGCUGCACCUGCACAGUCGUUCGAUAAUCGGCCAGAUUGCGAAUUACAAAUUUUACAAUCCUUUCUGAAUAAGAGCAUAGACAGAUUCUUCAAGAAUGUAUGAGAUCAGUGGGUGUGGCAAAAGGAUUGGGUGUAACCAAGUAUUAUAAAAUAAGUGCACCAUCAAAUUUCAAGUUAUCUUCCUGUAACCCUGAGAGAAACAAAUGCUGUCUCUCAGUCUGUACAAGGGCGUGGUCUUUGGAAUAAAUAAUUCUUUAUUAAACUGAA